UUUGAACGAUCUCCAAAAGUUAAAAGUACAAAAACAGAACUUAUAUAGCACUCAGUUUACGUACGUAGCUACGAUCAACGCGCUCAAACGUACCUUCCAACUAACAAAAAUCAAUCAAUGACGCCCUCCACCUUAAAACUUUAUAACAACAAGCACAUAUUCAUACACCACUCUUCGAUAAAUAAUCUGAUGGCCGAUUCUUCUCGACCCUCGGCCAUCGGAUAUCGCGGCAUACGCCGGCGGAGCGGCAAAUGGGUAUCGGAGAUCCGCGAGCGGCGGAAAUCCAACCGCAUCUGGCUCGGCACUUACCCCACCGCCGAGAUGGCCGCCGUCGCAUACGACGCAGCCGCCCUCGCUCUCCGCGGAGCCGACGCUGUGCUUAAUUUCCCAAACGCUGCUGCGUCGCUCCCGACGCCCGCUUCGGCUUCAGCAGACGACAUCAGGGCUGCGGCAGCGGCAGCGGCCGCGCAGCUUGGGUCCGAGAUGAGCGUGGAUGUCGGAAUAAGCGGAUUUAUAGAUGAGGAAGAAUUGUUCGACAUGCCGAAACUGCUUGUGAAUAUGGCGGAGGGGAUGCUGUUGAGUCCGCCGAGGCUGACUCCGGCGGCCUCGUAUGACUUAUCGGAGGUCGAUUCUCAUGGCGAGAAUCUAUGGAAUUUUGAUGAGUAAGAGAUAUGAACUGCUCAAGCAUCCCGGCUUUUUUGUUUAUUAAUUUUAGGGUUUAGAGACCUGAUUUUUCGAUGCGAACAUUUUUCAAUGGAUUGUAAUUUAGCGUUCGCAGCUUUCUUGAUUUGGUUUUUCAGCCUCACAUUCAAUAAAUUAUUCUUACAUAUUAAAAUA